AUGAUUGGUCAAAAUAAUCAAUCUCUGUAAAUUAGUAUUAUAUUAUCUGUAUUCUAAUUUUUCCAAUUGCUUUAUUUUCCAUUUCAAAUUUAAAUACGAUAUGCUUGGUAUAAUUAGAAACUUUCAUUAAAAAUAUAAGAAUUUCUAUAAUAUUUUACAAUACUAAGAAUGCUGAUUAAUUAGAGCACAUCUUUAUAUUUGAUGGUGAUGUAUUUUAUGAUUAGUAUAAUACUACUUAUAACAUUGCUUAUGAUUAUAUUAACAAUAUAGAAAAGACUAAAUAAUCAAAAAGUUAUUAUAUUAUUUCUUGCCAAAUCAAUACAAUUUAUUAUGAGUAUUGGGUUUGCUGAAAUUUUGAGAAUACUUUUAGGAGUAAAAUAUAUAAAUAUUAUUUUGUCUAGUAUUUACUUUGCAAAACAGAUUAAAAUGGUAACUUAAGAAUGUUAUAUCUUGUUGAUCAAGAAUGUUGGGUAGGUGAUUAUUAUUAUCAUGCCAUUUUUGUGAUUAUUUCACUUGUGCUUUUUAUACUUGUUGUUUUAGUUUGUAGUUAAAUAUUCACCGAAUUAAGAAACAAUAAGAAAAAUACAUUCUCAUAAAGAGAAGCUAAUUCAUAUUCAUAAAAAUUUGUUUAUGUAAUAUUUUCAAUGACAUCCUAUUCUUUAAUCUAACUACCUAAAUAUUCUAUUUGUGUAAUAGUUAUUUAAAAUAUUACAAGCUUUAUCUUCUUUUACAGAAUAUAUUACAAAAAUCCUUUUUAUAAUUAAACUGUUUAGAAAAUAUGGGUAUCAAUAAGUGGAAUUGUAUUCCAUACUAAUUUAAUGUAACUGAUGACUUUUUUAUUUGAUCAUGUGAUCUUAUAAAAUACUAUGUUAGGUUGGUUAAUCACUUGUCCGAUGAUAAUUAUUAUUUUAUAAGGAAGACCAAAUCAUUAAAUUGAUCUAAUAAAAAUUAAUUUAGCAAGAUAUUAAUCAACGGAAACGAUUGUAAAAGAUUGUGAAUACUUAGUAGAUUUGGCAGAUUCAUAUGAAAAAGAUUAAAGUAAAGAGAUUUAAGUACUAGGAUUUUUAGAGAUGCAUGAAUCAACAUGUUUAUAAUCAAAUUGUGCAAUUAAAAUUAAUAAAAAUUUGUCUAUAAAAUUUAAAGAAAAUCCAAAGUAUACUGAUAUAAGAUUAAUUCUUAAGGAACUUAUAAAUUAACUUUAUUAAAAUGGUCUAAAUAAGUUUCCUUAAAGUAUUGAUCUAAAAAUUCAUUACAGUUAUUUCCUUUAUGAUCAUUUAUCAGAGGGCUAAAAAGCAUUAAGUGAAUUAGAAAAAGCUGAGUAAUUAAAUCCAGAUUUUGGAUAGUAAUUUUAGAUUUAUUAAAUGAAGAAAACUUUAGAAGAUUCAUUCUAGAAAUCUUCAUUAGGAGUCAAUACAAUUUAAUAUACCAUAUCAAAUGAUCGAAAUAUUCAAUUUCAAUAAAAUUAGCUUAAAUAAAAAAUUUAGGAAUGCUCUUAUCUAAUGCUAUAAUUUUGGAGUUAGUUAUUAGAGGAAAUUCCUAAUUUAACAACUUUAUAAAUUAUUGGUAGAAAAGUAUUAGGAUCAAUUCAUUAAAUCAGAAAAUAAAUUUCCAUUAUGUAAAAAGCUAAUACAUUUAAUUAAUUUUCUAAAAAGCUCUUAUGCAAAUUUAGUGAUUAUGUUUUUUAUAUAAUAGAUACAGUAAAGUUUGCUUCAAUGAAUAUAAAUUAAUAAAAUGAUGAAGUUAACUUUUAAACUAAAUUUUUGGAUUAGAAUCAAUAAUUAGGUUCUUAAGAUUUAGGGUUAUAUUCCUAACCUGUUAUAGUUUUGGAACUAUUCAGCAAUAAUAAUUAAAUUUCCAUUGUUAAAAAUAUCAAUUAAGCUACUUGUUCUUUACUUGGAUUUUCUAAGACUGAUAUAAUAGGACAUCAAAUAGCCCAAUUACUCUAAACUAAGUAUAUUGCAUAAUAUUAUAAGCUAUUCAAAGCUACAUCAAUAUGUUGUACAAAGUUAUUUUGCCUCAGAUUCAUAAGAUUAAUUAUCUAUCUUACCAUAAAGAUAAUAAUUCUUUUAAACUAAGUCUUAAUAUGUGAUACUAACUUAAACUUCUGGUUCCAUUAUUUAAACAGAAAAAGGAGUAUUUCAAUUUUUGAGAUUGACAAAGGAUAUUAAUUAUCGCAAUUUUGCUUACAUUAUUUUUAAUGAAGAUGGGAAAAUUGAGAAUAUUUCAUCUUCAUGUAUCUCAAUUUUGAAAUUAGAUAUCCGUAAACUUUAAUUAAAAUAAUUAAAUAUUUAGCAACUAUUUCCAAAUUUAUUAUCUAAUAAAGAAAUCUACUUAAGUAAAAUGAGUAAAAUUAUAUAUGAUUUUCAAAAAUCAAAAGAUAAAAGCAUGACCUUUGAAGAUUAUGAAAAAGAUGAAUUAAAUUCAAAUGGAUUUAUGGGAUAAUUAUUUGAAAUAUCAGAAAAAAAUACAUAAAUCAAAAAAGGGGAUAAAUAAUAAACUUUUGGAUAUUAUUUAACUGUAGAAUAAAUUGAGACUAAAUAAGCUAUCCCUUCUCCUAUAUUAAAAAGAUAUUAAACAACAAAAGAAUUUACAUAUUCUCUUGAAUAACGUGCUUUCAUUUGUAAUACUUUCAAUUAAAUUUAGAUGGAAUUGCCACAUCUUUAUAUGAUUCUGUCAAAGGAGAUAAUGAAAAUUAAGAGGAAUCUAAAUAGAAAAUAUUUAUUUAAUCAAGAUAGUCAAGUAGAAAACAGAACUCAUUGACUUAAAAUCGAUUUCAAAAGGUUUAUGGAUUUGAUAUUAAAACAUUAAGAUUGUUUCAAGGUGAAAUUAAAGAAGUAACAGAUACAAACGAAGAGGAGGAAGAUCAAGAUUAUAUUAGGGAAAAUACAGAACAUCCUAAUUAAGAAAUUAUUAUAAAUAAGCAAUAAUCUACUAAAAUAAAUACUUAAAAUGAAUUAAUUUAAUACCUGUAACAAAUAUCAUAUCCUGCAUUUUUGAGAAGAUUAGUUCUUUUAAAUAAUAUUUUAAUCCUUGUUUCAUUUACUUUAUCAUGUAUAAUGUAUUCAACUUUAUAUAUUACUUUUUCAAAAUUUUAAAAUGCUAUAGAACUUGCUGCUGCAAGUAAUUAACGAUUUUCUUCACUCUUAAAAAUUCAGUCGAACCUUUAAGAUCUUAGAGGUUGCAAUUUAAAUAUUGAAGAAUUGGAAUUUUAAAUUAUAGGAGAAAAUUUUAUAAAUGUAAAUUUUUUAGAAAUACAAAAUGAAUUAAGCUUGUUGCUUGAAUCAAAUAAUCUUUUAACCUCCUCAGAUUUAACAAUUAACAAAAAAUAUUAAACUUACAUAGAUCAAUUCGAAGAACCAUAUAUUUAAAUGUUUUCAGUAGAUAAUAGUCAUCAAAAUUUUACUUAUUCUCAAGCAGUAUAAUAAUUAAUUGCUAGAGCUCUAACGUUAAAUAAUAGCCAUUUAUCAAAAUUUAUAGACAACAAUGAAGAUUUUCAUUACUAUUUGCAUAAUAGCUUCAAUUCUAUUGCAAAAUAUUAAUAUGUUUCAUAAAACUAUUACUUUUCAAAUAUUUACAGUUUAUUGGAUGAUUUAGACACAUUUGAAAAUAUUUUUUUUAUUCUUUCAUCCUCUUGUUUGUGUUUGAUUUUUAUAUUUUGUUAAUUAUUCGUUCGGUCUCAUUAAUCCCAUCUAAGGAAUAUCAUUUCAGCUUUUUUAGAAAUUAAAGAAUAGUAUUUAAAAUAGAUUGUUAAUAAGAUUCAAAAUUUUAUAUAGUUACUUCAAACAAACGAUGAAGAUGAUGUACACAUAUAUAAUAUAUUUAGGUGGAUUAAUUUGAAUUAGAAUAGAAUGAAAAUUAAGAAGAACAUGAAUUAGGAGAAUUGACUAAAAAUAGUAAAAAGAGAAAAUCUUAAUUUUCAUCAGAGAGAGAAAAUAGAAUUAAAAUUCAUAUCAUUAUUGUUACACUUUUAUUUUACUCUUACUUUUGUUAUUUGUACUUCAGUUCAAAAGUAAAUAAUAUUAAUAUCAUAUUUUUAGACAAUUAUCUCAUAUACAAACUUACUUAUUCCACUUGUUAAUAUUACAUCUUAUAUUCCAACUUAAUAUCGUUUGAUUGACAACUCUAUUAAGGAAAUGCUUUAUGAUGCAAAUGCUAUAAUUAUGAAUGAAUUAAAUUCUGUUCAUAAGAUGAAUUAAAUGAUUGAUUAAAUUUAAACUUUAGAUGCUGAAUUACAUAUUUUGAAUUAAUAAAAUGAACAUAUUUUAUCUACAGAGUAUAUUAAACUUUUCAAUGAAAUUUAUAUUUUAAACCCAUGUGCAAUUAUUAUUGAAAAUGAUUUAUCUGUUACAAAUACAUCAUGUUUGACAUUUAAUAAUAAUAUUCUAGAUGAUGGAUUAGCAGUUGCUAUUUCCAGUUUUUUUGAAAAUGCCUGCAAAAUGAUAUAGGAAUAUUAUUAUUAUGAUCCAAAUACUAUAUAUUCGAAUUUAACAUUUAAUCUUAGCUCAAAUCAUAAGAAAAACUACACUUAUAACAUUCUAAAUACUAAAGAAAGCAAUUACAAUAGAAAAAUGCAAAAAGUUUUUAUCAGGAUCUGUCAUUUAUCAUUAAUUAAAGAGUUAUUAAAUUAAUUGAAUAAUUACUUUUCCUUUUUGGCAUUUUAACUGACUUUAUUAUUCAUGAUAUUUUGUAUAAUUACAGUUUUUAUAUACUUUUUGAUUUGGAUACCUAUUUUAACCAACUUUUAUUUUGAAGCAUAAAAAAAUUUAGAAACUUUAACUAUCAUUCCAGUUGAAUAUUUAAGUAAAUGUGUAUAAAUAUAAGAAUAUAUAUAACUUUUGAAGGAGCUCAAUUAAUGA